AUUCACUAUCUACUUUCUUUCCCUUUGCUUAGUACUUGCAAACUUCCAAGUCCCAGAAAUCAAACUACAACUUAAACAUUUUUUUCUAGUAAAACCAUGAUCACUGGAGAAGAUGUUUACAAGGUUAUUGAAGCAAUGGUUCCGCUCUAUGUAGCUUUAAUCUUAGGCUAUGGUUCGGUGAAAUGGUGGCACAUCUUCACUCGUGAUCAAUGUGAUGCCAUAAACCGUCUCGUUUGCUAUUUCACCCUACCGCUCUUCACCAUCGAGUUCACGGCUCAUGUCGAUCCAUUCAACAUGAAUUACCGGUUCAUCGCAGCCGAUAUCAUCUCUAAAGUCAUCAUAGUUGCGGUCUUAGCGUUUUGGGCAAAAUAUAGCAACAAUGGAAGCUAUUGCUGGUCCAUUACUAGUUUCUCUCUAUGCACUCUUACAAACUCGCUUGUCGUGGGUGUGCCAUUGGCUAAGGCGAUGUACGGACAAGCGGCUGUUGAUCUCGUGGUCCAAUCCUCGGUGUUUCAGGCAAUCGUGUGGCUCACACUCUUGUUGUUUGUGUUAGAGCUCAGAAGAGCCGGAUUCAAUACGAAUAGUAAGGAAGAAAAUAUUAAUAUCGAAGAUGGCAGAAAAGAUAUUGCGGUCGUCGGAGAGCAGAAGUCGUUCGUUGAGGUCAUGUCCGUCGUGUGGUUAAAGCUUGCAACGAAUCCGAAUUGCUAUUCUUGCAUCCUUGGGAUCGCAUGGGCUUUUAUAUCUAGCAGAUGGCAUUUUGAGAUGCCGGGAAUAAUGGAGGGAUCGAUUCUUAUAAUGUCAAAAGCAGGAACAGGAACUGCCAUGUUCAAUAUGGGGAUAUUCAUGGCACUUCAAGAGAAGUUUAUAGUAUGUGGAGCAAGCUUAACUGCGUUGGGGAUGGUCUUGAAGUUUAUUGCCGGACCCGCCGCCAUGGCUAUUGGUUCUAUCGCCGUUGGCCUCCACGGGGAUGUCCUCCGCGUCGCCAUCAUUCAGGCUGCUCUGCCACAAUCAAUCACCUCGUUCAUUUUUGCUAAGGAAUAUGGAUUACAUGCAGAUGUUCUAAGCACAGCGGUGAUAUUUGGGAUGUUGGUCUCUUUACCAGUGCUCGUCGCCUACUACGCAGCUUUGGAGUUUAUUUAUUAAGUAAAUUUAAAAUAUUAUAUAUAUAUAUAUAUCAAUGGUUGUCUCUUAAUUAACUUUUUCGCUCUCUUUUUAGAGCAUGAUUAUUAGAGGGUUCUUAGUUUCUUUAGUUCAAAGUUAAAAGACGAGUUCUUAUA